GGGAGGCCGAGAGGAGGCGUGGCGUGGGCGGGGCCGACGGUGAGCUGCUGUUGCAGUGUUGGUGCUGGUGCGAUCAAAGCAGAGUGUCCUGCGGCGAGGAGCUUGGGACGGUACGCUAAGAAAGGUGACCAUGGAGAACAACAAAACCUCAGUGGAUUCAAAAUCCAUUAAUAAUUUUGAAGUAAAGACCAUACAUGGAAGCAAGUCAAUGGACUCUGGAAUCUAUCUGGACAGUAGUUACAAAAUGGAUUAUCCUGAAAUGGGCUUAUGUGUAAUAAUUAAUAAUAAGAACUUCCAUAAAAGCACUGGAAUGACAUCUCGCUCUGGUACCGAUGUGGAUGCAGCCAACCUCAGAGAGACAUUCAUGGGCCUGAAGUACGAAGUCAGAAAUAAAAAUGAUCUUACUCGUGAAGAGAUUGUGGAACUGAUGGAUAGUGUUUCUAAGGAAGAUCAUAGCAAGAGGAGUAGUUUUGUUUGUGUGAUUCUAAGCCAUGGUGAUGAAGGAGUGAUUUUUGGAACAAAUGGGCCUAUUGAACUGAAAAAAUUAACUAGUUUCUUCAGAGGCGACUACUGCCGGAGUCUGACCGGAAAGCCGAAACUCUUCAUCAUUCAGGCCUGCCGGGGUACGGAGCUGGACUGCGGCAUUGAGACAGACAGUGGAACUGACGAAGAUAUGGCAUGCCAGAAGAUACCAGUGGAAGCCGACUUCCUGUAUGCUUACUCUACGGCACCCGGUUACUAUUCCUGGAGAAAUUCGAAGGACGGGUCAUGGUUCAUUCAAUCACUCUGCGCCAUGCUGAAGCUCUACGCGCACAAGCUUGAAUUUAUGCACAUUCUCACUCGUGUUAACCGGAAGGUGGCGACGGAAUUUGAGUCCUUCUCCCUGGACUCCACUUUCCAUGCAAAGAAACAGAUCCCGUGUAUUGUGUCUAUGCUCACAAAAGAACUGUACUUUUAUCACUGAAGAAAUGAUUGGGAGUGGGGUGGGGGCCAUGUUUCUGUUUUUUGUUUGUUUGUUUGUUUUUUGGGUUUUUUUUUUUAUUGUUUUUAAUGCCAAAUAAGAAAACUGUCAGGGAGACUUUAUUUCCCUCUCAUUUAAAUCAAAUCUGAUGUUCCACGUGGUCUUUGAACAAUACCACUGCCUAGCAAUGCAGCCACAAUACAGCUACCUCAACAUCAACAUCAGGUAGUUGAAAUGAAAUUUAAUUCGGAUCAAAUAAAUGUCAGUAAUGGUACUACCAUCAUAGAAGAAAUGACAAAGUUUACCCUUUUAUAAUUAUCAAGAUUUGGUGAUACUGUGAAUUUUGAAUAACUAUGAAGCAGUGAAGCUUUCCAGUGAUGAUUUUAUACCCCCUACUCAUGUUAAGAAUGUUAUUCUAGUUUUUGUUAAACAUACAAAUGAUAAUGUCAAGUGAUAUGUCUUAGAACUUGAAUCCAUGAGCAGAGUCAAAGGCUGGAACCUUUGUUUUGGACCUGAUUUAUGGAAAUGAAGAGUUGGACCACCAUAGCAUGCACUAUAGCUACUGGUUUUGUGACAGUUGUCCAGGGCACGUAUUUGUUAUUUAAAAAAAAAAAAAUCAUGUUUUAUUAUUGGAACAAAAAUAACCUGAGUAUUUAUGUGAGAGGAAAACCGUGUGCGAACUUGGUUGGCUUGUUGAAGGCUGCCAUCCAUCAGUAGCGGACAUGAUGGCCAGGUGCUAAGAUCCACCAGCAUUUGUUUCUUACCUAUUCUUCUACAAAUAUCAAACCAGCAAAGUAUCUAAAGAGCGGUUAUGUAACAGCCUCAAACUGUUGACUAUUAGAAUGAAAUUAAGGAAUUCUACAGGAACAUAUCAUAAUCCCAGUUGUCAAACAAAGGAGAGAUGAAAUCUACUGUAAUUGGAGAGAAGAUGGUUUGAGCCAGAGCAGAGAUGUUGGCAGAGUCAUGGGCACAACCUCAGAAAAGGCCUGCCAACUACCACCCCCCACCCCCCGUGAGUACUGGUUUGUGUGAAUGAUGUCCAAGUUACCACGUGAGGGAGUGAACCAGAUCAGAAACUUCUGCACAAGGCUUUCCCAGAGCGCUGAGAGUCUCAAGAGAGUUCACUGAACUCCAUGUACAGAGUCUGUAGCAUGCUGACUUUUCUGUUAAAGUUUACAAUGAAAGGAAACUAAGGGUGAUAUCUGUAUUGUCACUAGAAAUGAAAGAGCCAUAGCACCCAGGACUGGGAAAGCAUCCAUCGAUAGGCCCUGCAGCCCAUGUGGAGAAGCUGCAGACUGGAGCCCAUCCCAGUCAGGGAGACUACUCUGGGCUUCCUUAUCAUGGGGGUGUUGCUCGUUGCUCGCUCUCCCAGCAUUUCACACAAAGGAAGGAAGGAACUCACAUUAUAACUGAUAGAUUCUUGUUUAGACUGGAUUUAUUGUUAACUCUUUCUAAGUAAAUACAGCAUGUGAUUGGUAUUUUAAAGUGUGUUCCCAUGUGACAAUUUUAUAAAAGUUUGUUAUCUUGCAUUUUUAUUUCAAAACAUAAAUUCAGAUUUAAAAUCA